AUGGAAAAUUCUUCUAUACAUUCACUUGAAUUUGAUAUAAAUCGAAAUAUACAAGACACCGUAGAAAAGUUCGAUAUUAAUUUCAUCAAUUUCGAUCUGAACAAUGAAGCUCAAAUUGAAAGCAACUAUGAAGGAAGCUUGUAUCAUCAUCCCAUUCAAGAACAUGACGCUAUUGAAGAUGUAGAACAAGCUAUUAUUGAAGCUGAGGAUGAGAAUGAAGUUCAGCAGGAAAAUCAACAUGUAAUGCAAGCUCAAGGUGAAAAUAAUAAUGAAGAGAUUAGUGGUUGGUUAGUAGGAGAAACUCGAGCAACACUUGCAGAAAUACAUGAAUUGUAUUGUCAACAUGCUGCUGCAGUUGGUUUUAGUGUUAGAAAAGCAAAACAGACAAGCAAAACCGGAACUAAAGAUAUUAUCACCAAAAAGUUCUUUGUAUGCUCUGCAGCUGGACUGAGGAAUUCUGGUAAAAAGAAGGAAAAAAUUCCAGAACUCUUGACAGAGGAAAGUUUUUUGUUAAAAAAAAAAACAAGACAAAGUAGGAGAGUUCCUAUAACAAGGACAAAUUGUAAUGCUUUGAUAGUAGCCAAAUUGAAUGAGGAGGGGCAAUUUGAGAUAGUUCAGCAUGUGUUGGUGCACAAUCAUCCACUCACUAGACCACAAUGGAACCAUUUCCACCGUUCAGAGCGUGCAAUGACUGAAAUUAAAGGGCAAGUGAUUGAGGCCAUGCAAGAAUCUGGACUAAGACCUAUGGAAUCCUUUAAUUACAUGUCAAAUGAAGCUGGAGGAGAAGAUGCUAUUGGUCAUACAGUGAAAGACCACAUGAAUUAUUGUUAUAAGCUGAAAAUAAAGGCCAUUGAAGCAGGAGAUUCUCAAGUAGUUUGUGACAAAUUACAGGAAGCUUAUUCUGAAGACCCUAACUUCUUUUUCAGAGUAAGGUUGGAUGCAGAUGGAAGGGUUUGUAACUUGUUUUGGAGGGAUUCUAUUAUGCUUGAAGAUUACAAAAUAUAUGGGGAUGUCACUGUUUUUGACACCACAUAUAGGACGAAUCGUUACAACCUCAUUUGCGCACCCUUUGUAGGAAUAAACAACCAUUGGAAGAACACUAUGUUUGCUUGUUCUUUUAUUGGUGAUGAGACCAUAGAGUCAUUUGUGUGGCUAUUUGAAACCUUCAAAAAGGCAAUGGGUGGUAAAUGUCCUGUCUCACUAUUUACAGACCAAGAUGCAGCCAUGGAAGCAGCAAUACCCAAGGUAUUUCCAAACACUAGACAUAGACUAUGUCUAUGGCAUUUGAUUCAAAAUGCUGUAACAAGAUUUGGAAUUUUGAAGAGUGAUGACACAUUCAAAGCUGCUUUCACAAAAUGCUUGAGUGGUUGUAUAAACGAAGCUCAGUUUGAAGUAUGUUGGGAUUCAAUGAUGACAAAGUACAAGCUGAAAAACAACAGUUGGUUCAAGAGGUUAUACUCACUAAAGCAUAAGUGGUCAACAGCUCUAAGUAAGGACUUUUUUUCUGCGGGAAUCUUGUCGUCACAGAGAAGUGAGAGCACAAAUCAUGCAGUGGGAUUUAAAGCAAACAAGAAGACAAGUUUGACAGAAUUCUACGACAUAUUUCAAAAGACAGUGAAGACUUGGAGAAGGAAUGAGGAUUUUUAUGAGUUCAAUAGCACAAAAUCAAUUCCUACUUCAAGUUAUCCGAUGUCUGCCUUACUUAAACAUGCUGCUGAGGUUUAUACACAUACAUUAUUCAGGGACUUUGAAGAAGAAUUCAACCUAGCCAUUGGAUCUCAAACCAAACUGCUAUUUAUUAAUGGAGGCAAAAUGGUUUACCAAGUGUACCUUGAAGGCAGAGAUGGCACAACUCAAGCAGUAACUUAUGAUCCAACAAACCAAACAAUUCAAUGUCCAUGCAAGAAUUUUGAAGAGUCGGGUUGGUUAUGCUUCCAUAGCCUUAGAAUCUUGCACAUGCAUUCUGUUGAAAAAAUCCCAGAGCAAUACAUAUCUUUCAGGUGGACUAAAAUGGCUAAGGUUGAAGUUUGGACAAGAAAGGAGGCAGAGCAAAAGAAGGGGACAUUAAACAACUUCACACCCUGGCGGCUACACAUGGUGAGGAAGUAUUAUAGUCUAAUCCUUAAGAGCCUCAAGUUUGAACAAGCAAGAAAAGUCUUAGAAGAAAGCUUUACAAAAGAUUCAAGUGAAAUAGAUGAGAUUAUUUCUGCUGUGAAAUCAACUAACAACCAUUAUGAGAACACAACAGGUGUAGAAGAGAAUUCAGAAGCUACUUCAUCUAGUGUUGUUCAAGUAUUGGAUCCAUCUCGUGCAAAAACUAAAGGAAAACAAUCAAAUAAAAGGAUUCCAGGAAGCUAUGACUACAUGAAUAAGGGGAAGAGGAGGAAGCAUAGAGAAUUUGGUGCCAAAACACCAAAUAUUAAUAAUAAGUAUAUGCUCUGA